AUGACCAGAGUAGAUUUUGCAGGAUUAAUUUUUAUUGACUUAGUUGGUCGAGUCACCAAUAAGACUCAUACCAUACCUUAUGGUAGAAUCAAUGCUCUCAUCAUCGAGGUUAUUCUUGGUGGAGACUUCAGUUUGGCAACUGGUCAGACUGUGGAAUGCAAGGCCAUAAAUUCUAACAUUUUCAAUAAUCCCAAGGUAACUGCGCAGGGUUUGACCCCAGCAAUGCAGAUUUAUCUUGAUUUUUGCAGGACAAGAGAUAGGGAACAACAAGCAUUGUUGGAAUCUGCCUCUCCUUCGACGCGAUCUGAGUCCAACACUCAAUCUGCCAAUCAUGAGAGACAAGGUACACAAUCUCCUAAAUCCCUUAACUCUUCUCCAAAAUCUACUUCUUCGUCUUCAAAAGAGGGUGAAGAGUUGGUCACAUCAUUAGCCACUCUAGCCACACCCUCAUCCACCAUUUCAAAAUCCAACUCUAAAAGACACAUUGUUGAGGACUUAGUACCUCGCAAUGUGUACAAAAAGAAAUGCACAAAGAAAUCUGGAUCAGCUUCAGGGGUUGACAAUGCAACAAUCAUCAGACUCAAGGUCCCCCAAGGUGUUUUGGAAGCUGAGCAACAUUCCGAAGCUGACCCAAUCACCCAAGCUGAUCAGCCAAAAUCACCACACCCAUCUGUACUCUCCCAAAAGAGUGUAGACAAGACAAAGGGAACAACUGCUCCUACCCAACCCUCCCAAAAGGGUGAAGGUAUUGAAACAAAGACCUCCUCCCAAGGUCAUACUGUGAGUCCACCCAUUUCACCAUCAUCAACCUCCCAAAAGGUUGGUGAUAUCAUAAAAGGGACAACAGAGGAUCCAGCCCAGAUCCAACUAGAGUCAGAGUCUAUGCACAUUUUAUCUGAGGAUGUCCAGCCAAAGAGUGGUAGUAUCGAAUGCCAAGGUGACACUGCUGCCAUUUCCCAAGCUGGUCGGACUCUUCUCUUCUUACACUCUAAGUCUGCACAGGCUGCCAAUGUCACAUCUAAAUCACAAGAUGAGAUACAAGCCUCAUUUACUCUCCCCAAGGAUACCCUGGUGAAACAACACACCUUGGUUGAGGGGCAAUCUGAUUCACCCUUAAACAUUUCGCUUGCUAGAUCUGAGUCUACCCCUGUCUCCGGGCAGGUGGGUCCUGUAAGUUACAUGGACAUCUUUCGGGAUACCAUGUUAGCCCCUUGUGUAGCCAAGGAACUCACCACUUGUCCUCACGACUCUGGUGAGAAAAUAGUCACUAGUGUUGACAGUGACUCUUCAUUCGAUGAUGAGCUUGCCCAUCCAUCCUCAAGGGAUGUUCUGAUGGAAGAAACUAGUGAAGGAGUUGAUCAAAAUAAAGAUCAACUAAUUCCCACUAGCCUGCAGUCUGAAUUAAAAGCUAAAUAUACUCAGACUACUCAGCUCAUCAUCCCCUCUGCAAAAUCUGCUCAUGAGACUCACUCUCAUGAGAAAAUGAGCCUCAAAUUCCUUUACCUCCACCCCUCCAAAAUGAGCCUCAAAUUCCUUUACCCUAAAGUUGAUUGA